CACGAGUCAGUUCAAUCUGAGGCCACGAGAGAGGGUCAGCUCACCUUAACUUGUCCAUGUCCUAAACCGCCCGUAUCAACCACCUACAACAGGGUAAUGGAUAAUACUAUAUCACCAGUUCACACGUCAUCAGUUCCGACAAAUUGCGAACAUCCAUGGACUACUACACUUCUGCCCACCGCACCUCAUUCAACACUGGGUCCGAUUCGACAUUCGCCCACGGAAACACAACUUGUUGUUGCGGGCUCGUUUGGCCGCGUCCCCGAGGUACCGAGCACGGAUUUGGUGACCUUGGUUUCGCCAACUGCACGAGGUCCGUCCAUUCCUGAUGCUUACUGGGAUCCGCCAGUGUCGCAAGCCGAGAAGAAUGGUUGUCAGAUAAUGGACGCUUACUAUCCCAAUCCAGAAAUACCUUGCCCUGUUAUGAAUGAACCCUCGACUUCAAUGCGUAGCUACCCAAUUGCCGAGCGGGACUUCGCCUCCAAGGCUUGGUUGUAUGUUCUAUUUUCUCGUUUUCUGGUGAUCGAAACUGUAGCACCUGGAACCAAUAUGCUUAUGGCACACGAAGAUCCGUACAUCCCAAGCUAUAUGGACCCAGCCAAAGGCCCGGAACCCUGUGUUGUGUGCGGAGACAGUGCAACCGGAUUCCAUUAUCGUGCAAUGACAUGCGAGGGUUGCAAAGGAUUUUUCCGACGUUCCGUACAAAAGAAACUGGUCUACACGUGUAAAUUCAACGGACGAUGUUCAGUGGCAGACAAGCAGAACAGAAACAGUUGUCAAAAAUGUCGUUUCGACCGUUGUCUGAGCGGUGGAAUGGCUCAAGACUUGGUCCUGGAUGAGGAAAAACGUUUGGCGAAACGACGCUUGAUCGAAGCGAACCGGGCACGAAAACGAGCCGAAUCUGAAAGUGCUUUGCAUGGGGGACAAAGUUCAGCCUCCUCCACCGUACCAUCGUCUUUAGGCCCAAGCCCAUCAAAACAAUCCUACCUUGAGAGUUCCCCUCUACGGCCUCACACGGGAUCACGACACGUGCCUGUACCGUCUACCGGUGGUAUGCUCCAUUCCGCCUCAUCGGCUUUUGACUCCUACCAACCCGCAAUUUCCCAAAUUCGGCAGUUGGGCACUCCGUUUGGCUAUCCAAACGAACCUGUCGCUCUAAUGCCCAACCAUCAUGCACAACCACACCCAUCACAAUCGAUAAUGAUGGCUUCCGGUCAUCCCCUUCACUACCAACGCCCCGCCUCUUACGACCCAAUAGCUUUAGGACAAUCGGCGAUGCCUAUCCAAUCCACCCAACGACCGCCAUGUCAACCGAUUCACCGUGCAAAUUCUCAUCAGCCAACCGAAAAUUUCAUGAACAAUCCAACGAACAGCGCGAUACCGGAACAUCGCUCACCCGGUCAUCUAUCCUCACUCCCGAGACAUCCAACAAUCGGGGUACCAUCACACAACAUCAGUGCACCAGUAGAAAAUCUCGAGCACGGCCCCCCACCGGUCUGGGGUUCCUUAAAACACCAACCACAAGAACGACUAGAUGCACUCACUGUCACAGGCAAACAUGAGUUGCAAUCUGGAUGGCUAAACUCACUACCUCCAUCGGAUAAUCAAAAUGGUAAGAACCAGGGCGCCUAUGUCUCAAUGCAUGUAAAUGGUAUGGCCGGCUAUCCCCAACACUCCCUAUCGACAAACAGUAGUCCAAAUGUUACUCACCUGUCUCCAAUAGAUACAACACCGAAAGUUAACGUUAUGCCAAUGGGGGAGGCGUUCGUUCACCAACAUGUGUCUCCUUCGAUGAAUACCGCAGACAGUUCAACACCGGCCGCUUUAACCAGUUCGCAAUCGAACCCCUAUUUGGAGCCCCUGAAACUGGAAACCGGCGCCCCGGGGUCAUCUACUGCCCCUUGGACUGAAGAAGAUCAGACUCUUGUGGAAGUCCUAGAGAAGGCAUACAACACGAUCCACAGUGAAUUCUCGGAAACGGAGGUGGACAACACAGUGAUCAUAAAGGCGGAUAAGGCUAAGGCCAUUAUCGUUAUGAACAAGAGUGAUUACCUACACAAGAUCAAUCGACAGCUAGAUGGGAGUCUUGACCGUCAGGUCGAUAGUGUGAGUAGAAGUAAAGUUGAAGUUGGUUUUCCUACUUAUCCGAUGAAUGACCCAUCAGUCUUUUCUCCAAUCUUCAUGUGUAUUCUUCAGCUUCAGUCUAUGUACACCAGCCCGGACGGCGCGGCUACCGGCAAAGAGACCACAGAUUUUGGCUUCGUGAACCAACUCAUCAAGGCCGAUUCGGAUGGAUCAGGUAAACUAGUUGUUCAAAGCCUCGUGGAUGCCAAAGUGACGGGGUUUUUAUCGAAGGUAGAUUAUUAUGCGACCGACUUUUGUCGUCCAAGCCUAGACAGGGGAAGCCGAGAGGCCAGUGUUCGGGUUCGCACCAUGGUCAGUAAAUUCGCGCACACCGGCAAAUGCGAUUUCAAAACUCCUAAAUCUUUUCCACUUACUGUACCACAGCUUGGAGUUGAGGAUAAGAUCCGUUUGUUGCAUGGAUGUUGCCUGGACCUCGUCACACUGCGCGCCACGCACUCCUUCAGUCUGUCUGCACAAGCCCAAGGUAUUGUGAACGAAAAUUCAAACGGUGAGCGUAUCCCCUUCAACGGGAAUGUGGCCGAUGGACGUGCAGAUUAUGCUACAUCACAUGUCCCGGUGAUUAUCAAUGAGAACUAUCCAAAUCUGUCAACAUCUGAUGAGAAAUUUGCUCAUCUGAUACGAUCUGUGGCGCUCAAGUUUUCUCGUCUUGGUGUCAAUCGAACGGAAGUCUCUUUGAUGGCUGCCGUACUCCUGAUGUCACCAGAUCGUGCCAAUUUGAAGGAUUCGGAAGCAGUGGAAAAGACUCAGAAUGUUUUCAUGGAGACGUUCAACCGCUACGUCAAUCACAUUCGACAGAACCCUAAGCCUACUGGGACACAACAGUGUUGGCCGCGAAUCAUCAUGGCGUUAACCGAACUACGCUCCAUAACCAUGUGUACCAUGGAACUUUUUCUGCAGGACCACUCGGAAUCCAAGUCUGCCGGGCUCCCAUGGGCAUGCCUUCGUUUGGUCCGCGUCCUGCGCGUGACACAUCCGUCCAAAUGGUGUGAUGUUCGGUUAUUAGGGACGGCUGGCCUCCGGACAUUUACACAAACAAAGGAGCAAACAGGCUCCCACGUGCGACAGUCACAUGUGCACAAAGUCGGUCACAAAUGGUUGGAUGACCUUAGGGCCAAAUGGGUGAAGUUCUAUCUCGAAAUCAAUCUUCAAGCCUCGACACCCAGUCUAUCUGGCCACGUUCAAUGUUCGCACUCUGAAGCAAGCAGGACAACAACUGCUCUUGCACUCACAUUGGAAUCGCUUGGCAUUGAUGUGUGCUGUGUCUCAGAAACGAGAAUUCAAGAUGCAAGCACAGUGAUUGAGUUAACCGCCCCGUCAGUCUCCACUCGCUCCCGUCUGCGCACCUCUGGUGAUCCGGAGGCUGCUGCGGUGGGAUGUGCAGGGUUUGGUAUUGUGCUAACCGGCCGGGCGGAA